AUGCAAAAACUUGCUUAUGAUAUUGUUAAGUCUCAUUUUCAUGAUACAUCAUCCGAAAAAGAGCCAUUAUGUCUCAUUAUAAAUGGUGUUGCAGGAACUGGUAAAAGUUACCUUAUUAAUGCCAUUAGAAAUCUUUUGCAAAGUAAAUGUGCUGUUACUGCUACCACAGGUAAAGCUGCUUAUAACAUUAGAGGUGUAACUGUGCAUUCUCUAUUAAAGUUACCUAUAGGAUCAAGAGGUAAUAAAGACCUGACAGGACAAAGCUUGUGUAGGUUACAAGAGAGUGUUAAUAACAUUGGAUACAUCAUUAUUGAUGAAUACUCUAUGCUUGGCCAAGUCACUUUUGGUUGGAUAGACAAGCGUUGCAAACAAGCAACUGGUUCUAAUGACAAAGUAUUUGGAGGAAAAUCAUUGAUUUUAACUGGUGAUCCAGGUCAAUUGCCACCAGUAGCAGAUAAACCUCGUUACCAUGCUAAACCAUCAAACGCUGUUGGUGAACAAGGCCAUCAAGCAUAUCAUAAGUUUGACAAAGUUGUUAAACUCACUGUAAAUCAACGUGAGCAAGAUAUGACAUCUGAGCAAGUACAGUUCAGAGAUUUGUUAUUACGACUUCGCAAAGGUGAUUCAACAGUUGAUGACUGGAAGUUACUUCUGACACGUCAACCAUCGAAUGUUACUAAUUUAUGUGACUUUGAAGAUUCUACUAGACUUUUUUAUAGUAAUGAACAAGUUGCUAAUUACAACCAUGAGCAGCUAACAAAACUUGAGCAUCCAAUUGCUCAUAUUAAUGCUCGCCAUUCAUCAGCAUUUGCCAAAAAGAUAUCAUCAGAUGAUAUGUCUGGGUUAGAACCUGUUGUGUUUCUAGCAAAAGGUGCAAGGGUCAUGUUAACCAUGAAUUUGUGGUCAAGUGUUGGUCUCUGUAAUGGGGCUAAUGGGACAGUUGUUGAUAUUAUCUAUCAGAACAACCAUUAACCACCUGACUUACCCAUUGCGGUAAUAGUAGAAUUUGAAAACUAUAGAGGACCUUUUUUUAAUGAAAACCAACCAUUUUGUAUCUCAAUAUAUCCAAUCACUGUCACAUCCCAGACAGAAAUAGGUUUCCAUGUGAGGCAACAGUUACCUCUUAGGCUUGCGUGGGCUCUAACAAUACACAAGAGCCAAGGACUUAAACUUCCAAAAGCAUGGAUAGAUAUUGGCAAAUCUGAAAGAACUGCUGGGGUUUCGUAUGAUGCUAUUAGCAGUAAUAGCAGAGUAAAAUCACUUGCAUCUUGUGUCAUUGAGCCAAUGACGUAUGAACGAUUAACAAGCUUGAAAUCAUCAGCUAACUUACAAUAUAGGCUUGAAGAAGAAAACAGGUUAGAUCAGUUAGCACAAACUACUAGCAGUGCAGUUACUAUUGAGUUUGAAUAA